AUGAGCGAGUCCAGCGUGGAGGGAAACGAACUGUUCAACUCUGACGAUGAGGAAGUGAAGGAAGGGGACAGUUCCCCCCAGGACGGGGAGCAUGAGGAGGAGCAAACUGCAGAGGACGCUGAUAAUGCUGAUAACGGUUCUGAUGACCAGGUUAAUGACCCCGCCGAAGGGGGAGCGCGCAGGAAGAGGAAAAAGGAAGACAAACACACAUCUGCGUAUGUGGAUAACGAAGCGGAGGAUGAUGAUGAGGAGGAGGAAGAUGAAGACGAAGGAGACGACGAGGAUGACGAUGCAGACUACAGAGAAAGAAAGGCAAGCAGCAAGGGCGGAAGUGGGCUGAAAAAAAGGAAGCUAUCAAAGAAGAGGUACAUGUCGACCUUCCUGGAUACAGAGGCGCAAGUGGGUGACGAUGAGGAAGAGGAGUACGCCAGCUCGUACGUAGAUGAGUUCGAAGAAGCCAAAAGGUUGGAAAAAAAAAAAAUGUAUGAAAUGAAGCUGAAGAGUGGGACAAACCACUUAGCGCAAACUAUUAACAAACUAUCACAACGGUAUGAAAAUGAAAAGGAAAUUAAGGAUACCGUUACUGAUGGGGAGACGCUAACAGAUGAGGAUAUGUCUGGAGAUGAGGAUGAAUAUUUCGAUGAAGGAGAAUGUUUGACCACGUUUGACAGCCCCAAAAUGUGGCUCAUAAAGUUGUUCAAAAAUGGAGCAGAGAGAAAUAUAGCCAUGGGAAUCUACUACAAGUACAUGAAGUUAAAAGAUAACGACUUUAAUAUUAAGGGGGUGUAUGUCUCGGACAAUCUGAAAGGAUACGUAUAUGUCGAGGCGGAUAGUCUGUACAUGUUAAAAAGGUUUCUCUUGGGAUUCAAAUUUAUUAACCUAAAUGAGAUUACCAUUGUACCAGUGCAAGAGUUAACGUCAAUUUUCUCGAUGUGUCACUCCAAAGUCAUCAUCCCCAAGGUAAAUGAAUACGUUCGAAUUAAAAGAGGAGUAUACAUGAAUGAUAUAGGGCAAAUAUUUGAGGUACAUGAAAAGGGCAUUUAUGCCAUCGUCAGGUUAAUCCCAAGAAUCGAAUAUGACAAGUAUAACCAUUUUAAGAAAGGCAACUCCCACGUAAAUUUGACUCCCUCUGCUAUGAAUAAGGGAGGACCUUCUGCCAUGUUCGAUGAACACAGUGGGAAGAAUGAAUCCUAUUACUUGGGGGAUAAGUUAGAAUUGAAUAAUCACAACAAGGCCAUCAUGUCCACAGGGUUGAUGAUGGGAGGGAGGGAUGUGAAGAAUGCUCCAACAGCAAAUGAACAAUUGGAAAUGUUAGAUGAAGCACUCCAAAUUAGGAGGAAGAAAAAGAAAGAAAGGCCAUUAAAAAAAUUAUUCGAUCGAGAAGAAAUUGAACAAAUAGGAGGAGUCAUUGAACAUGGACCUUACCCAAGAACAAUCAAAUAUCAAAAUAAUAUUUUUGAAGAAAAUGGCUACCUGUUAAAAAAAAUGAACAUAAAAUAUCUCAUAUCUGAAAAUGCUAAUAUUACCUUAACGGAAAUUAGAGACUUCAACAAAAAUAACACCAAUGAGGAGGAUAUCACCUUACAUGUGAGCAAAUCUUUUAUUAAUAAAAAUUCGUUACACCUAUUCAAAAAAGGGGAAAGGGUCAAAAUUAUGAAAGGAGAAUUAUACAACCUUAUAGGAACCAUAACAAAUGUAAGUGAUAAUGUAUUAACGAUAAAUCCGGAUAAUUUAGCCAAAAAUUUUAAGUACCUUCCAAGUGAUGUGACAAAAUAUUUCCUCGAGGGAGAUAAUGUAACCGUUAUCAAUGGAAUUCAUAAAGGCAAAAGUGGACUCAUUUCAUUACUCGAUUAUAAAGAAAAUGUUGCUCUUAUUUUUUCUCCCUCUUUGAAUACCGAAUUUCGUUCUUCUAUUCAAGACCUCUCUGCCUGUGAGCAUAGCAGCAGUGAAGGACUCGGUGGGAUUAACUCCCUUAACGGGUUCUCCAUUGGGGACCUCAUAGAAUUGAGUGAUAGACAAAUCGGCAUACUAACAUACAUUGACAAGAACAAACACAUUAGAGUAUUAACAAGUCAUAACAAAACUUUGCACACCACAAUUGGAGCCAUCACUUCCAAGAGGUCAGCUGUUGGCCAAGUGUGCAAAGAUGAAAAUGGAAAUAUCAUUCAGGCGAAAGAUGUUAUACAGGUCGUCCGAGGGAUCCAUAAGAAUAAAGUUGCUGUGGUAAAUUAUAUUUGGAAAAAUAAAGUGUUUGCUAAAAUUAACAAAAAGAUUGAGGAUAAUGGGUUUGUUGUCCUGGACAGUGAGAAUUGCAUACUCACGGGAAACCAAAAUGAAAAGAAAAAAAUUGUCACUCAUAAUAAUCUGUUCAGAUCGAACAGCAGUAUGCUCCCCAGAAGGAAUAAUCCUUACCAAUCCUUCAUUGGAAAAACCGUGAAAAUAUUAAGUGGCGUUUAUAAAGGCCUCCUUGGAGACGUCAUAGAUGCAGAACGGGACGAGUUUACUCUCCUAUUGAAAAUCAAGCCAAAAACCAUAAGGCAGAAAAAAACUGAAUGCGCCAUUGCGGACUCGUUUAAGGAUCAUUACAACUUUACCGAUGAUAGGUAUUAUAACGAACGGGACAGGAACGGGCUAGGGGGGGCACUCGGUGGGGAGUGCAUGGAUACAUCCCCGAGGUGGAGAAACAGAAGUGACAGAAGCCCCAGGCAUGACCGCGUCGGGUACGAGUCUUCUCUCCACGGCGAAAGCGUGAGGAAGGGUGCUGACUGGCACAGAAACGAGUUCGGGGGACGACACAGGAGCGCGUACAGUGGCACGUACAGCGGCAACUACGAUGAGGAACGCUGGAGGGGAAGUCACCGCCCGCCUGAGGGGGACGGCCCCGGCCACGACCCAGGCGCGAGCGCUUCUUCCCAUACCGGGCCGUGGAAUCAACCGAACGGGUGGAAAGGGACGAAUAGCAACCACCCGCCCCCUCCACUGCCCCACAACAGAAAUGAAGGCGGCGGGGGAUUUCGAGUGGAGAACGAUGCGCUUCGUCCACACGAUCAGAAAAGCUUCCAAGGAAAUUGGGGCAGGACGUCACACGAAAAUCACCCACACAGUAACACCAGUUAUAAUUACAAUCACAAUGGGCGACCAAGUGAUUCGAUUAAUUUUAACGAGCCACAUAAAAGGGGAGAAGGAAUGAAUGAGGAUGGCAAAAAAAGUGCCACCAGAAAUAAUAACACGGCAGAAGAAUUCAUCAAUGGACAGUAUGAAACAGGACCUGGCGGAAAACACAGCACCUCCUCCAAGGGGCUAGGAAAAUGGGAUGAUGCUCAAGGCACAGGUGGCAUCAAUGGAGGGGUCAGCAACUCUGGCUUUGCCAAUGCUUCUACUUUCUUCGACACACAUCGAGAUAAGAACAAUGAAAGGAAGGAAUGUCCACUUUGGUUAGUCAAAGGCAUUAUGAUAAAGGUUAUAACCCCGGGCCCUUUUUAUAACGAAAUUGGGACAGUCACAGAUGUGAUGAAGAAGAGCUUGUACACCAUACUAAAAAUAGCAACCGAGAAAACGUCCUUUAGCAUUGUGUCCGAUGCUGUGAUUCCUUUGAAACCAAACAGAAUAAGCGACGAAGUGCUCGUUGUGGAUGAGGGCAAGGUCGUCGAGGGUACUGUUCAUGAUAUACAGAAUGACGACAUCCAGGUGAAUACAGAACAGGGCAUAAUUACUUACAAAAUGAAAAGUGUUUUUUUGUUUAAAAAGCAGUGCCCGUGA